AUGGUGGCAUAUGCGACUUGCAUCUUUUUGAAGGCGGAAAGAGAUGGAAAAGUUACUUGCCAACUCAUUCAAGCAAGAUCUAGAGCUGCCCCAUUGAGAAAAGUGUCGAUGCCAAGAUUAGAAUUACUAGCAUGUAAUAUUGGAGCUAUAUUGGCUGAUACAGUGAAAAAGAAUUUAAGAUUGGAAGAUAUUGAAACAUUUUUUUGGAGCGACUCCAUGGACUCUCUCUAUUGGAUAAGGAAGGAAGACCCUUGGACGAUUUUCGUAUCCAAUCGAGUUGACGAAAUUCGACGACUUUCAGAAGCUAGUGACUGGAAGUUUGUUCCGGGAACCCAAAAUCUAGCGGAUUUGCCUUCAGGAGGUUGCACAGUUAAAACCCCAUUGAAGAGACAAUGGCACGAAGGACCAUCUUGGUUUAAAGAAUCAAGAGAAAACUGGCUUAAUUUUGAUUUAGUUCCUGAUGAAAAAAUAGUGUCAGAAAAUCAUUGCAUCAUCUUUAAAUAUAAAAAAGCAAGCAGUAAGAAAAUAGGAAAAUUAUCUGUAGAAAAGCUUAUUAAAGCUGAACUCAAAAUCUUGAAAAGGGUUCAAGAAGACUCAUUCCAAGGUGAAAAAUUGAAGAGCCUGAAAUUUCUGUCGAUAUUUACAGACGCUAAUGGACUUCUGAGAAUUAAAACAAAAAUCCUUAUGCGAGAAGACAAUGAAAACUUUAAAGUUCCAAUUAUUUUACCAUCUGAUCAUCAUGUUCUUAAGAGCCUUAUUUUACACAAACGUAAAGAACUUGGACAUCCUGGAGUACAAUCUUUAAUGGUAGCUCUGAAAGAAGAUUAUUGGAUAUUAAAAACUAGAAGAACUGUAAAAAAGGUAAUGAAAACCUGCAUAACUUGUCAACGAUUUAAUGUGAAAAGACCUGAAAUGUCAGAAGGAAUACUCCCGGAGGACAGAGUGAAAAACGCCUCAAUUUUUGAAGUUAUAGGAGUGGAUGUUACUGGACCAUCGUUUACGAAGGACAACAAGAAAGUGUGGAUCGCAAUUUUCACCUGUGUGAUUUAUAGGGCAGUACACUUAGAACUAUUGACAUCAAUUUCAACUGAUAAUUUCAUACUUGCCAUAAGAAGAUUUAUCGUACGCAGAGGACGUCCGUCAAUUAUCUACUCCGACUAUGGGACUAAUUUUAUUGGAACUAACAACUCUCUGAAGAAUAUCAACUUAGAAAGACUAAAGACAACCUUUUCUCCAAUUUUAUGGAGAUUCCUACCCCCGACUGCUCCAUGGUGGGGAGGAUUUUUUGAGAGGUUAAUAGGACUUUUGAAAAGAAUUUUGAGGAAGGUCCUAGGUCAUACAUCCUUAAAUUACCAGGAAAUUGAAACUGUUUUGUGUGAUUGUGAAAGCCAACUCAAUUCAAGACCCUUAACAUAUGUUAGCGAUGAUCCCGAUGAUUUAUGUCCUUUAACACCUGAUUUAUUCCUGAAAGACACUCGUACUAGUAGUACUACGGACUUGGAUAGAUUAAAGCUAACUGACAAGACGGAAUUAAACAAAAGACUUGCGUAUAGAAGAAGACUGAUGACAGAUUUACGAGCAAGAUUCCGUAGUGAAUAUCUGAGUCAGCUACAUCAUAGACUGACAGUUCGAAAACCAACAUACCAUCCUAAAGUAAAACCUGUAACAGGUUUUACCUUUGUUACAGGUUUUACCUGUAACAAAUAUCACCUAACUACGAUUCUCGGACCAAAACUGACUCACCAAUAUCACCAGAUACAUGUUUAUUCAGCCCAAUGGUAUUAA